AAAUGGUAGCUCGCGUGGUCCGGCUGUGGGGUGAGAAGUAGAGGGGCGUCUUCAGGGUUUGGCGGUAGUGACAAUGCCAGUUCCUCGCGGGCGAGUUGGAGUCGAAGGCGACUAUCGAGUGAGACGAGCUGCCAGCCCUGGCUCAUCGUGUAGUGCCUAGUGAAACGAGAUGACGGGCUCGCGGCUGAGACCCGCGUACUUCGUGGGCCUCUUCCUGACCCUUCUAGCCGUUGCCUUACAGGGAGUGCAAAGCGAAGAGAUACCGCCAGAGGAUCUGUGUCGACCAUAUAUUGAGAAGGCGUUAAAGGACCUCGGUACAGGAUCUUUGGAGCAGACCAGUGCCGAGGCUGGGACCGAUGCCGAUAAAGAGAGUCAAGAAGAAGAAGCAAAACCUGCGAGCGAAGAAGAUGGCGAGUCAGCAACCGAUGCUUCAAAGGAAGAUGUAGCAACUGAAGAGGACAAACAGGAAUCAGCAGAAACUGAAACUGCAGAAAGUGCCGAACAAGCUGAGCAGGAGAUCGACAAAGCAUCCGCAGAGCAAAGUGCUGGAGCUGGGGAAGAACAAGAGAGUGCUGAAGGUGGUGAUGCAGAAGGAGCUGAAGAUGAACAACCUGAUGAAAAAUCUGGAGAAACAGAUAAAGGAACAGAGGAAGAUAAAGAAGAAUCUGUUGAACAAGCGGAAGCGGAUGCUGCAGAUUCCGGCCAGGAAGAUACCGAAGAUAAGUCUGGUGAGGGCGAACAGGUAGAUGAAGGAAAAUCUGACGAAGAAGCGCAAACGGACGCUGAAAAAUCCGAAGAAGAACAACAGGCAGAUUCGGAAAAAUCCGAAGAAGGACAAGCAGAUACUGAAAAAUCUGACGAAGAAGCUCAAGUAGCUGGAAAAUCCGACGAAGAGGCGCAGGAUGGUGAUGAAAAAUCCGACGAAGCACAGGCCGAAGGAGAAUCGGCUGAAGAAGCGAAACUCGACGAGGAGAAAUCCGACGAAGAAACCAAGACUGAAGAAGUAAAGUCUGGGGGAGAGAAAGAUGAAAUCGAAGACGAAACGACUGAUUCAAAGGCGGAAGAGACGGAGGAAGCUGUUUCUCGAGAAGAUGGUGAAAAAGACGAAGAUAGUAAAGCUGAAGAAGAUGGUCAAUCUCCGGAACAACAAGUAAGCGAAGAAGAAGCAAAAGAAGAGAGUAAAGAAGGUGGGGGUGAAAGUGCUGAGGGUGAAGCAACGGAGGAAUUAAAGGAAAGCGAGGAGGCUAAGGAACCUAAAUCUGAGGAAGAAGCUACAAAAUCGGCGGAAGAAGAAGAAGAAGCGAAGAAGGAAACUGAAGAAUCGAAGGAAGGUGAAGAAGCUAAAUCUGAGGAUGAGGGGGCAAAAUCCGUAGAAGAUACCAAAUCAGAAGAGAAAGAAGCUGCGCAACCAAAAUCUCGUGCUAGGCGAGAAGUUGGCGAAGAAGAAGGCGAGGAGGAUGCUGAAGGCUCGAAAGAAGCAGAAGAAAGCGAGGAAGAAGAACCUACCCCCGAAGAAGAUUUGAUCCAAGAGAUAGUGGUACCGGAGAAUUUACGACCACGUGAUCAUAUAAAUCAACUGUUAAAACUAGAUGAGGAGAAUGAAGAGAAAGAGCGAGCCAUCCAGAAGAACGGAGAUGUUGUGCUAAAAGAACUGAAGAGGGUUUACGAUAAUGCUAUUCAGCCAUUGGAAUCCUUGUAUAAAUACAGAGACUUAAGCAAUAGACAUUUUGGUGAUCCAGAAAUAUUUUCCAAACCACUAGUUCUUUUCAUGGGUCCGUGGAGCGGUGGGAAAUCUUCCAUCAUAAACUAUUUACUCAAUAUCGAGUACAAGCAGACAUCGUUAAGGACAGGUGGUUUGAGAGAGUGCUUAGAGGAGCAAUGCAAAACGCCAAAUGGAAAUGACACAGGAGCCGAGCCAUCUCCGGCCUACUUCAAUAUUAUAAUGCACGGAGAGGAAGAGGAGAUUCUCGAUGGUACGCAGCUCGCCGCUGACUGGACUUUCUCUGGAUUACAAAAAUUCGGCCAAGGAUUGCUCGAUCGUCUUAAAGGUUUACGGCUUGAUAAUAAGUUACUAGAAAAAGUCAAUAUCGUGGAGAUACCAGGAAUUUUAGAAAUCCGAAAACAGGUCCAACGUUUGUUCCCGUUUAACGAUGCAUGUCAAUGGUUCAUUGACCGUGCGGACAUAAUAUUUUUAGUAUACGAUCCAUCCAAGUUGGACGUUGGGCCAGAAACAGAAGCAAUCCUUGACCAAUUGAAAGGAAGGGAGCAUCAGACACGCAUCAUUCUUAACAAAGCUGAUCAAGUAAAACCAGAGGAGUUAAUGAGAGUGCAAGGCGCUCUGAUCUGGAAUAUAUCGCCACUGAUGUCUAGCGCUGAGCCACCGAUAAUGUACUCUACAUCGUUGUGGUCGAUACCAUAUGAAGCUGGUGCACCCACCAGAUUACUGUAUGCUCAGGAACGUGCAUUCCUACGCGACCUGCGUACUGCCAUUGACAAACGUGUCGAGCAUAAGAUUGCAAGCGCCAGGAGAUUCGCUGUACGAGUGCGCAAUCAUGCUAAAAUGGUAGAUUGCUACCUAACCACAUACUACAAUCACAAGACGUUCUUUGGAAACAAAAAAGAAAUCAGUGAGAAGAUUAUCGAGAGUCCACAGGAUUAUCAUAUCUACGAGGGUUUAAGCACUCUGAAGAACAUAUCACGCUAUGACUUGCCUGAUCCGGACGUCUAUCGAGAUUUCUUCCGAUUGAAUCCUCUUUACGACUUCCCUCUACUAAGCUCUACGUGCACAUAUUUCCGUGGAUGUCCUAUCAAUAGACUCGAUGUUGCUAUUGCUUACGAUUUUCCAGAGCUCGUGGGCAAAUAUAAAAAGUCAGUAGAGCAAAUCAUACAUGAGUACGAAACAAGUCCUCCUAGUUGAGUAUAAUCCUACAUUCUAAAACAGAGCUCUUGAUACCACAUAAGGUAUAAGGUAAGAGCAAAUUGUACAAAACAAAAAGCGAAUGAGUGAAAGGAAACGAACAUUAGUGUAAGUACAUUACUUGAUGCAGUACAGAGAAGUUUCGUUCCUGAAACAGCAAGUAGGUUUGGAUUGUCUCCAAGUAAAAGUCCAACUGGAUCUUAAAUGAAAAGAAGAGAAUGCGAAACCUAAACAGAAUUUUCCUGGAACACAACUUUGCGCAAUAUAUUAAAUAGUUCGUUAAAAGAUGAGAAGAGACACCGUUUCGGGAUAUGAAGAUAUACUGUUGGUUUUGUAGGUAAACAACAUAGAAUGGUGAUAUUAUGAGGCAAAGCAUAUGAUUGAUUAACGGUAUGCUUAACAUAUGCUUAAGUGUAUUAGUGGAUUGGAAUGAAUCGAAGAUUUCAAGAUACCUGUGUUUGGAAAAUAGGACAAGUGUUACCAUUCCAAUCUAAGAAAAGGAUAGUGAGUUUCCCUUGAAUGUGUUCAAAUACAGCUUCGAUUACACAGUUUUGGAAAACAUAUCACAACAAUGGUGGGUCCUAUUAUCUAACACACGAAUAUUUAAGAUGAAAA